UCAGCUAUUUAGUUUGAUAGCAGCGUACGGGCAGCAGCAGAGAGGCACCAGCUGCCGCAAUACUAUCAGCACUUGUCAUAAAAUGACCGAGAAUCAACUAUUUUCCAUGUCGACCGAUCUAUUCGACACCUCGUCCAACAGCAGCAAUCCACUCAAGUGUGAUCUCUUCUCGUUGGCUCUGAGCAACAGCAACAGUUCCAGUCUACUCUUCGGCACAUCAGCGCUGCCCGCACUUAGCCCACUGCAGCAGCUGAAUGUGAAUACCACCUUCAAUUCCAGUUCCAACUCCAGUCCCAAUUCCAAUUACCUUUCGAAUUCGAAUUCGAACUCGAACGCUAAUACGCCAAACAAUCAACCAACACAGGCGCAUCCGCAGCAGCAGCAGCAGCAGCAGAUUUUCGCCAGCAGCACCAACCGUGGUAGUGGCGGCAGCAUCAGCGGUAGCAGUAAUGUGAUGCUGACCAACGCCAUCAGUAUACCGCGCAGUAAUAACCCCAAUCAAAGUCAUAAUCCUUGGACGCAAGAACACGAUUCCCAUCAUCAUCCCAGUCCAAGUCCCUUGCACCAUCACCUCACCAACAAUCAUAAUCACCAUCACCAACUUUCUGUCAUGAUGUCGACACAACAGAACAACCAACAGCAGCAGCAGCAACAGCAACAACAGCAGCAUCAACCACAACAGUCUUUGCAGCAUUCACAGCCUCGUCUUUUCGUUGAUUUCUCCGACUAUGGUUUGGAUGUGGCCUCAUUGGAUGCCGCCUCGCUGUCACCGACAUUAUUGCAAGAUGUCAGCUUAGGCGAUGCUUCGCCACUGCAUAGCAUCAUAUCCAACGGCAACAUUUCCUCGUCCUUCUAUGCGCCAGACGCUUCACCGAUCAGCAACAGCGGCAGCAAUAGCAUAGUGGACAGCGUUGGAACCGCUGAUUCUGCCAACACGCUGCUGGGCUUGAACGACAGCAUACGAUCUGGUAAUGAUGGUAACAAUUCUUUGCUCUUCGACGUCACUGGCACGCCGAAUUCAAGCGCAAUGUGGAGUGAUAUUAGCAAUGCCAUAAUCACCAAGCAUGAGCCGUUCACGCUGGAGGAUGACUAUAUAUUUCCCAUUGAUAAGGCUGAAAUACAAGCUGCUGGAUUUGGUGAUAUACCAGAUGAAAAUUUCCUGGAUGGGAUUGACAAUUUUGAUGAACUUUUGCCGGGUGCCAUUAGUGGUGGUGGACACAAUGAUUUCAUUUUAUCACCGCAGCAAAACAAUAAUUCUAACAAUUUGCAGCAAUUGAAUAGUCCACAGGCCUCGCCCAGCGGUGGGCCACCAAUGGAGCUAUUGCAGCUGCAUAAGCAACAACAGCAAGAGCAACAACGGCAGCAGCAACAACAGUUAACUCAGCUGCAAACGGCACAGCAGCAGCAACAACAGCAACAUCCACGUUUACAGCACAGUAAUAGCGCUGGUGGGGCCAUACACACACACCAUAACCUCCACAACUCAUCUAGUCCAUAUGAAAUCUACCAUAGCACACCAAAUAAGCAGCAGCAGCAGCAACAGCAUCAGCUGAGCAGCUCUGGCUCGAAUUCGUUCUCGCCGGGGAGUCAGCAUUCGCAUUCGCCACUUCAGCUAAAUUCCAUUACACCACCACCGCCACAUGCCAAUCGCUCACAAUAUCAGCAAGUCAAAUCGCGCAAUAUGCUGCAAAUGCAAAAGAAGGGCUUCUCCAUGUCUCCCGAUCGUGGUAGCAGCAAUGGCAGCGUUGGACUGUUGGGCCAAUCGGUGCCGGCCAAUAGUCAUCUGCUACUCUCAGGCAACGCGCUCAGCCCUAGUAGCGGUGGCAGUAGCAGCGGUUUUGGCAGCACCACUGGUGGUGGCGGCAGCACUGCAGGAUCGGUGCACAAGUCGUUCCAGGGUCAGGGUGAUACAUCCAUAUCGCGCCUAUCCUCAUCGGCGCCCACACAUCUCGGACUCGAAAACAUUUGGAAGCGACGUGAACCUAGACAGCAUUUGCUGUCCACUGGCUCGCUGGCCGAGGCUGAAUCAUUCUCGUCGCUAAGCACUGGCAGUGUGUUGUCACCCGAUGGCAUUGAUUUCUCUCAGGACGAUGAUGACGAUGCAUCAACAGAUUACAAUAGCGACAAUUAUGAUGAUUUGUCGAGCGAUGGCUCUGAUAAUGACGACGAUUCACGCACUACUAUAACCGGACAUUUGUCCAGCAGCAAAGGCAAGGAGCGCUACUUUUGGCAGUACAAUGUGCAAGCGAAAGGACCUAAAGGCAAGCGACUCGUAUUCCAGGCGCGUCUUGAGGAUCCGCACGUCUUGAACGAGGCCACCGAUCCGGUGUUUAGCCCGAAUUGUUCCGUGCGUGGUAUCAAGGUAUUUAAACACAGCGGCAAAGCGCGUAAGGGUGAUGGCAAUGAUCUCACUCCAAAUCCACGCAAACUACACAUCAUCGGCAAGGAGCUGGACAAGCUGAGUCGCACCAUCAACGAUAUGACGCCAGUGUCUGAAUUGCCUUUCAAUGUGCGACCCAAAUCGCGCAAGGAGAAAAAUAAAUUGGCUUCACGUGCCUGCCGGCUCAAAAAGAAGGCACAGCAUGAAGCGAAUAAAAUAAAACUUUUUGGACUGGAAAUUGAACAUAAACGUUUACUUAAUGGCAUUUUCGAACUGAAACAAGCUCUGGCGCUCAAAUACCAAAAUCCAAAUAAUAGCGAGCACAACGAAGCGGUCGACCAGCGUAUCGAACAGAUCUACAAAACGGCACAAACUGGUCUACGUAUAGCUGGCGACACCACAGACUUCGUCAACAAAGUGCUGGAGAAUGUGAAAAGUGGUGUACCAAAUGGUGGACUAGAGGAUCUAAGGCAUUCAUAGGGUCGAGGCAAAAGAGGAAAGAAGAACGGAAGAUGUGAAUAGUUUUUAAUAAAAAAUAUUGGAGGCUCAAAAGUGAGAAUGAAAAGAAGAGUACGAAAAAAUGGAGCGAAUAAUGAAUGAUGGAACAAUUAAUAGAGGGAUGAAGAGUACGAAGAGAUUUGCUUGUCGAAGGGAGGGAAUGAUAAAAAAGGAAAACACAUUUUUUUGCGAAAGAAGCCUAAAUAAACAGAGCGAAAAGUUGUGAAGGAAGUAAAAGAGAGCUGAUAAAAACAGUUAAAACACAGAAUACGGCAAAUCAAAUUUAUAUACGCAAAGAGCACUCACUCAUUGCCGUUAAGAAUGAAGAGAGCAGACGCUGAAUGCAGGCAAUUCGCAAGCAUGCGAUAUUUUUUAUGUUAACGAAAAAUUGUCAAAAGUUGUCGAAAGAGGCCACAGUUAUGUUAUGUUUUGUUCUUAGCUCUUAAGUGAUAAUGUUAUAGAGUGAAAAGCAAACGUAAAAAAUUGAGAAUGAAAAAAAGAGAAAACGAAAAACAAGAGAAACUAUUGUUGUUCCGGUUGGAUGAGGUGGAUAAUGAACAAUGAGCUACCAGUUAUACCUGCCUAUGUUAUAAGGAUUUUUAAUUUGUUUACUUUGAUGAUAUGAAGAAAUGCUAUAUACAUAUAAACCUAUAUAUAUACAUACAUAGAAUACGAAAAAUUAAUAAACAUAUAAUAUAUAUACAUAAAUAUGCGAAAACAAAAAUAACAAAACUAUAAACGAUAAAAAAGUUAUAGUGACUUAGGGAAGCAAAAAUGAAUUGUAGUUGUUAAAGUGAAAAAAACUGAUAAUUGAGAGUUUUGGAUACAAAAAACAUACAAAAACACGAAAAUGAGUGCUGGUGUACUUUUAGGCGCUUAGUAAUUAGAAAUUUUCGUAGAAAUUGUGUGAGCAAAAAUUUUAAAUGUUAAAAAAUAUUUUUACCUACAUACAAACUUACGUACGUAUGCACUAUAUGAAUCAUGUUAUAUGUAUAAUCUACUAAGCGUUUUUUUUUCUAAUAAUGUUGUAGUUUAUAAACACAAAAAUACUUUAACUUUUAUUAAUGAAUUAUUUUUCAAAGUUUUUGUUUUUGUUUAAUUGGGCUGGUAUUGUUUCACGUUUUAUGUUUGAUUUGUUUGCACUUAUACUUAUACUCACUUCUAUAGGUAAGGAUAUACAGUUAGUGCUCAGAUAAGGGCUACCAACGACAGUUGCGCGUUAUUGAUUAAUGCAAAAUUUUCUCCAAAAAUAUUAACUGAAAAGAAAUAUAAUAAAUGCAACACAUAUGGCUAAUAAUAACUUGUUGUUGUUGUUAAGAAAAAAUAAAAAAAGGCACUUACUUUUUGCCAAAUAUGUCAAGUUUUGUACCUAAAAACUCAGAAUUUCAUGAGAUUUAUUGAUAGUGAAAAAAAUGUUCACCCUCUUUUCAGUGCAUAUCAAAGCGAAUCUAUUAAAGGUGGUAUCGGUAAUCAGUUAAUUUGAUUUUUUUUCCUUUGCCAUGUCCAUGUGACUGUCAGCCGCAAAUUCAUUAUUUGUUUGCUACUUUGCCAAUACUUUGCCGUGACAAACAAUCGUACAAAACAUUGCUGUUGCUCUAAUGAAUGCGCCUUGGUUCAUAUCAAAAUCAAUAAUUCAAGAAGUUUAAUAUUAAUUUUUUUUUAUUAAUU